AUGCCAGCGCUUGAAAGAGUGGCGGAUGUGGCAUGUGUGGCAUCAAGAACUGGCUUCAUUGCUGCAGCUCCUGUGGUAUUUGAUAUGUACCCCUUGCCAAUAUCCUCAUCGCCCUUUGAAAGCGAUGUCACAAGCGAUGUUGAGGAAACCAGCGCGGAGCCUCCCUCUGAAUGUGGCGGGAAUGUGUACCCAGACACACCAACCGCCGGUAGAGCGCUCUUUGGCGGAGAGGGCAACGAUGAUAUCAGACCUGACGCAACCGAGUGCCCCAGUGGCGCGUACGCCGAUGGUGUAUAUGCUGGUGUUGCGUGCGUGACAAUAUUGGCCUGCUCGUUAGUUUGCACCAAACGUGUUGCGUGCCCGAUGGGCGCCACCGUCGUCGUCUGUCCAUGCAAGGACGCCGAAGAGACAGUUUCCGUAGAAUAA